UCUUACAGGUUUUUGAGCAAGAUUUGAAUGCUAUAUAAUUGACUUUGUAAAAAAGUUGCACGUAAAUAGAAUUGAAAUAUAAAUACCAACUUUAUCUGUAUUAGCAAUUUCAAUUAUUGUUCGUAAACGGUUUCGCUUCGUUAAAGGAUUUAGCUAUCGCUCGUAGGCCAGUUACAGCUGAACCGUUAAGUCAGUUGGCCUUACCCUUACCAUACGUAUGAGGUUAUGGUUAUAAACACGGACUUUGCGUAGUCCUCUAACAUUUCCGAUUAUGGCUUCAAAGGCACCGACUAUAGGAAUUUUUUCUUCUAAAGAAGCAAUAUAUUUGUCAUUACAAGAGGGUUAUGAUUUUGUUGGAGUUAGGUUGAGUACUGAUGCAUUAAAACAACGGGUGGAGAGUUUGGAACCAUUCGAGAGGGUGCAAGAGUUUCUUGACAGUGAAAUAGCAUAUCAUCCGGAAGAACAUGUAAACAAAGUGAUUGGACUCACGUCAGAAUGGAUUGAGUUGGAUUCGAACGAUGCAUUAAUAGCUCAGCGGUCUGAAGAAAUCCUUAUGAAAGAGGUUUCAUUUGCAUCUUACUGUGGUCUUUCUAGCGUUCUUUGUAAUGGUCCUAAAAAUUCCGAUAACAUAAUGCAAUACGCUAGAUCUAUCUUAACUUUGUUGAAUUCCAGUUUUAAUAUCAGUUUGAUUAUUCAAUUACCUAUUGAAAAUGGUCACGAAGACUUUUUCGACAGUUGGAAGAUGUGGAAUACUAUUCGAACUUCCUGUGACUACAAUCCUCGAUUACAAAUUGCUCUCGAAUUGCCUCCAUCGUGUUCUCCUCCCAUAGAAUUAGUGAAUCGAUGGUAUGCUGAACCUAUUAGUAUGGUUUCCAUAUCUUGUAUGGCUUUUGUUCCAAACCCGGCUGGUUACCCUGUAUUGGGUCGUAAACUUCGAGCUAUCUUUUCUUUAUAUAUCAGACUAAAUCCAAAGGUCUUUCUAUGGGACAGUAAUGUUCCUGACAAGGUAGGUGAAUCACCUGACUACAGCAUUUAUAUGAAACACCUUUUUGAUACACAGCCUCCAGCUCCUUUAGUUGAAGAAUUCGCAGGAGGAUACAAAGAUUAUUUACAGAUUCCAUUACAACCUCUGAGUCACAAUCUGGAAAACAUUACAUAUGAAAUUUUUGAGCGAGAUCCAGUGAAAUAUGCUCAGUAUGAGCAAGCAAUUUUUACGGCCUUAAACGACCGUGAAGAAAGUUCAGUUACUCGCAUUGCUGUAGUAGGUGCGGGAAGAGGCCCUUUGGUUGAUUGCGCUCUUCGGGCAGCUAUAUCAUCAGCACGUACGGUAGAUAUAAUAGCAUUAGAGAAGAACUCUAAUGCAUUCGCUAUGCUUUUACUACGAAACAGGCAGGAUUGGGCUGGAAAAGUGACGCUUGUUUUCGGGGAUAUGCGGGAAUGGAAUCCUGGAUAUAAAGUCGAUAUCUUAGUAAGCGAAUUAUUGGGAAGCAUGGCAGAUAAUGAGUUAAGUCCAGAGUGUUUGGAUGGUGUUCAGCGAGUGUUGAAUCCGGUAACAGGAAUAAGUAUUCCUUCUUCAUAUACAUCGUACAUUACUCCCAUCAUGUCUCCAAAGUUGUGGUCGGAAGCUCGCAAUCUAAAUGAUUUUUUUGCUUUCUCUAGGCAGUACGUUGUUCUAAUGAAUUCCGUAGAUUUUUUGGCACCAGAUGAUGAGUUUCGAUUUCAACCACUUUGGUCGUUUCACCACCCAAACGAUGAAACGAGAGUAUAUUCAAAAAAUCAGCAUAAUCUAAGGUAUGCUGUUGCGCGCUUUCAAGCUACGAAUCCUGGAGUCUUGCAUGGCUUUGCUGGUUAUUUUGAAGCUACUCUGUACAAAAAUAUCUCGCUUUCCACAUUGCCAACAACGAUGGAAGAAAAGUCUCCUGACAUGUUUUCGUGGUUCCCCAUAUAUGUUCCAGUCGAGAAACCCAUGUACAUUCCGGAAAACAGCCAGCUUGAGUUACACAUAUGGAGAAUGACUGAUGGAAUGCGAGUCUGGCUUGAAUGGGCAGCUAAUACCUAUCUGGUGUUGAGGAAUGGAAGUCAUAUUCAUCUUUCAUCCACGCAAAUUCAUAAUGCUUCUGGCAAAGGGUUUUCGUGUCUCAUGCAUUAAUCAAAACACUUGCUUAAAGCUACAUUUUCUGCUUUUUUUUGUUUUUUUUUAUGAUACACUUUUUUUGUACGACUACAGUUGUGUAUGCACAUGAUACAAGUUUCAUAUUUUCUUGUGCUCACAUUUUGGAUGUAAUUUAAAUGAUUUAAUCUUACACAAACGCUGCAAUAUGCGUGUAAUAUUCGACCAACUCUUUUCAUUAUUUAUUUGCAAUCGGUCUUUAUUCAUUUACUUCUAUUAAUUUAUUCAAAUCUAGCUAGUAUUUACAUGUAUAACAUUGUCUCACUAAAUAUCAGUG